AUGGAGGCCGGGAAGGUUGAUUUGACGAAAAAGUUCGGUCGACGAGACAUCAACCGGCACGAUGUUUUUGCUACAGCUCCAGAUAGCACAGAGUUUCUGCGUGCCUACGCGUGGAACGAGAACAAGUCGAUCAAAAAGGAGAUACAUUCCGGUCACGUACGGAAAUGGGAAUGCGCUUCUAAGUUAUGUGACUGGCAGGUGACGCUGAACAAGAAGCGGCCCACUAAAAGCGAUAACACAAAGUUGGCGUUGUGUCCUGAGAAAGUCUGGUUUGUUAGCGAUUUGGAGCUUGUCCAUUCUCCCAGCUGUGACGCGGUGCGGAAGUGCUCCAAGAAGUUGCUGGUGGAGCUACCUGGAUUCAAAAGCUCUAUGGUGAAGGGCCUAAGCACUGCGCGGGCGCGGGUGGCUGCCUCGGUGAAAGCAACGGACAAUGUCAACGUCGAUCACCGCCCUGCGCUAGUGUAUGGAGCAAUAUCCCGUGCCAAAGCGCUGAUGGAGGAGGAAGAGGACAACUAUGACAAGCUACCGGCUUUUCUCCGGUCAUUCGCACGCGAGAAUCCUGGAUCUACGCCAAACAUCGCCAGCAUUAGAAGCCUGAUCCUAUCGCUGCAAGCCACGACGACCUUUGUUGAGUACGAUGCGGUGCUGACCGAGAUACAUGAGCGCUUUCCUGUAGAGCGUACGAUCAUAGUCAAUGGAAAACAAGAGAAGCAAUCGGUCGCUCAGUACUUGCGAAAAAUUCACCCUUCAAGCUGGACCAAGUUUGGCAACGACAAACACACCCCAGAGGAAACCUCGGCGGUGAAAGCCGAGUGGGGGUCUGUUGAGGCAUUUGGUGAUGGGUGUCCUCUUUUUGGAGGUAGAACUACAAGUGCUGUAGAGAGUCAGAACCGGGCUCUGCUGCUUGCUGAAGUUCGAGACAGCCAAGGGUUCGGUGCUGUUGUGUUGUUCUGCAACGUCGUCGCCGAGACGAUAGCGGCCAAAAAGGAGAAUGCUCGUAACUGGCAAAGUUUGACAAACAGAUAUGGAGUGCUUCGGCUUGUACCGUACGGAAAAAACUCGGCGUCCGUCUUCCACGUCGAAGACGAAGUGGCAAGCGUCGAAGACGAAGUAGCAAGCGUCGAAGAUGAAGAUGCACUUCUAAACAAUGGCUCGCGGAACUUUACGGUAGAUCUGCAGACUGCUCUCCAUGCCCAAAGUGGAUCGUCCAGAACAACGGCAGGGGCCUACAAGUAUUUUCACAAUGCGUACACAGCAACGUCGUACGCUCAAGCAUUUCAGCACGUCUCUAUCAACCUGCCGUUCGUCCCUGCACUCAUGCCAGACCCGAAUAUCCUGCCCCCACCACCUCACAAACAAGCCGGUGGUUCAUCGCGAACUGCAAGACGCGACGUGGCCACAAGAGAAAAGAGAAUACGUAGUACAGGCGAGCCGAAUACCCCCGACCACAGCGCCAUCCGAAGAAGAAAGCAACAAUCUCCAGUGAGCGGGCUGCAGUUCUCGCUAGCAUGCAUGAUCUUUUCAGCAGCGAGAUCCGAGCUGAGCAGCCAAAAAAAACGAAAGAACUACACCUGUAGUCUCUGUGGCAGGGCCGAGCGACACAACGCUGCAAAAUGUCCGAAUCGUGCGAGGGGAACUGUGGAUGAUGACGUUCGAGCAGGAGUUUACAUAGUUGGGUCGUGUCCUCUUGAAUUGCUUGAGCGCCGGAAUUUGGUCAGCACCACAGAAGCACAAGAUUCAAACCCGACGAUCCUGAGUGAGUACACAUUCUGA